GGCAGCUUAAAAAAUUCAAAAUUUCACGGAGGCCUCCCUCCAUUCAAAGACGCCGAAAAACUCAAAAUUCCUCAAACCCCUCUUUCCCUCUCCCAUCCGCUCUCCUCUCCCUCUGUCUCUCCCAUCCCCUCUCUCUCCCUCUCCCCUUGUGUGUGUGUCUAGAUCUGGGGAUGUUAGGAUCGAACCAGUGAAGAGGAGGAUUUCUUACUCUCGUCAGGUAAGACUCUACUUAAUUGAAAAUCACCCUCUCAUUUUCCAGAACAAAUCUCGUCCCUUUCUGUUUUCUUCCACUUGCUUGAUGCAUUGAAAUUGCUGACUAAGUAUUUUUUUCCCUUUUAACCUGAUGCCCAAUUCGAAGUAGUUAAUCUCAAAUCUGUGUCUACCCAAUUUACCUAAAAAUCAUGAACUAUUAUUGCUUCUGGGAUUUUUAAUUUCAAAUCUUUAUUAGACCUGGAAUAAUACUAAUAAUUAUGGUUAGAGAGCAAAGGGUAGAGUCCUUUUACAGCCGCCUCCGCCAAUCUGUUUCAACUUCAUCCCUCUCUCCUCUACUUAUAUUUCCCUCAACUUCUGAUGCAGACUCCCUCUGUGCUCUUAAAAUUAUUUUCCACAUUCUUGAAUCUGAUUCUGUCCGUUACGCUUGCUAUCCUGUUUCUUCCUUCCAAGAAAUCCACAAAUAUGCUGAUUUGACUUCACUUUCUAAUGAACCCAUUUCAAUCCUGUUAGUAAAUUGGGGUUGUCAGCGUGAUUUAAGGUUGUUGCUCAAUUUAGGCCCUGCUGCACGUGUUUUCGUGGUUGAUAGUCACCGCCCCAUCCAUUUGCAUAACUUGAAUGACCAGAAUGAGAGUGUGGUUAUUCUUUACACGGGCGAUGACGAGCAACAAGCUGAUUUGGCUUAUGAUUUUAAAGUUUCGGAGUUGGCUAAUGCGAGUGAGUUGAAUAGUGAUGACGAGGGGGAAGAAAACUCUGACAGUGAAGACGAGGAAGAUAGUGAAAGUGAGGGAGAUGAGGAUGAUGGGUCAUCAAGGAAAAGGAGGAAGGUUUCUAAUGAGGAUGAAGCUGACCCAGUUCAGCUUUUUAGGAAAUUGAAGAGGGAGUAUUAUCGCCGGGGUACUUUUCAUGGAAAGCCCUCAGGGUGUUUGAUGUAUGAUUUAUCGCAUUUGCUGAGGAAGAACACGAAUGAGCUGCUUUGGUUGGCUUGUGUUUCGCUGACUGAUCAAUUUGUUCAUGAGAGGUUGACGGAUGAGAGGUACCUAGCUGGGGUCAUGGAGCUGGAGCAACAUAUUAACAGUUCAGGGAAUUUGGAGGCAGUUACUGUGGUGACCCUCAAAGAUGGAACAAAGAUUCGAGCACCUGAGUCUUCAAGGAUUGCCUAUGAAGAUGAACCUAGACUUAUGCUGUUGAGGGAGUGGAAUUUGUUCGAUUCAAUGCUGUGUUCUUCAUAUAUUGCUACAAAAUUGAAGACAUGGAAUGACAAUGGAAUGAAGAAGCUUAAGCUUCUUCUUGCUAGAAUGGGAUUUGCCCUAGUGGAUUGCCAACAAAAGUUUCAGUACAUGAAUCUUGAAGUGAAGAGAAAGAUGAAAGACGAGUUUGAACGAUUUUUACCCGAAUAUGGGCUUUCUGAUUUUUACUACAGGAGCUUUCUGAGGCUACAUGGGUACAGCUCGAGGGUGUCUGCAGCAGAUGUUGUGUAUGGUGUCACUGCUUUGCUCGAGUCAUUUGUGAGUUCUGAUGGGUCUUGUGCUUCUAAGCAGUUUGGGGUAGCUUAUGAUGCUCUGUCCUUGAACAAUCUUGACAAGUUGAAAGCUGGAAUGCAACAAGCGAUCAAGGUCCAGAGGGCAAUUCUUAGACAAGGAAGUGCAGCAAUAACCAAAAGUGGUUCUAUCAGAAGUGGAAGAAAGUUCAGGUGGGUGAAGCUUGAGGAUUCAGUGGAUACAAAACUGUUGGGAUACCCCCAGGCUUUGACUAAAUUCUGCUAUUUUCUGAUGGAUGCUUUGAGAGAGAAAGGUGCCAGGGCAAAGCCUUUGAUUUGUGCCUGCUUGUCGCAAGAGCCAAACAAGAUGUUGAUUGUUGGAGUUUGUGGGAAGCCUCGUCUUGGGGCAGUUCAAGGAAAUGCAUUUGGGAUUGCUUUCAGAAAUGCAGCUGAAGAGAUUGGAGCUGAGUUCUUUCAUGAGUUGUUUGAAUCUUCAUGGAUUGUUUUAGACAAAGGUGUAGUUAAUAACUUUAUGAUCAGAUUAACUGAGAAACUGUGAUAUAAAACUGUCAAAGAAAAACUCUUGUUGUAUUGUUCUCAGGAGAGGACCUAUGUUUCUCUUAGUUUUUCCCCCCCCUAAUGUGUUUCAAAUAAUUAGUAAAUGAGAAAAGAAAAUUUAUUUUA